AAAUUUUUGAAUUUUUUGAACUUUUGAAGUAAAAAAUUGUGGUUUAAAUUAUUCAAAAAUCAUUGUAAUUCGCCUCAAACUCUAUUCAUUCCAUUAGCAUCGUUCUGUAAUCACAUUCGGAUCAAAAUCAGAACAGAACAGAAAACACUUGUGCUAAAUUUAAUUACUCCUAACGAGAUUAUCGUUAUCAAAUUUCAAUUAUCUGUGUUCCUCUUUGCCCUCUUCUAUACAUUGCAAUAUUGUAAGUGGAGUUCAUAUACUUGAAAUUCUUUUACAAGUUACAUUAGUGUUACGUAAGAGUAGUUCGUGUACGGUCAGGGUUUCAUCUCGUUCGAUUUGCGAAUUUUUCAAUAUGACACAUAACUUGGAGAAUUAUUUAGAGGUGGCUUGCGGUCUAACGAAGGAAGUCGGACAAAUCAUACGAAACAAAAUUUGGGUUGAUAAACAAUCAGUAGUUACCAAAGAACAUAAACACGAUUUCGUUACUGAAACUGAUCAAGAAGUGGAAAAGUUACUCAUUACUGGACUAAGUGCUCAGUUCCCUGAUCAUAAAUUCAUCGGAGAAGAAACUACGUCUUCUGGUGUAAAAUCUGAAUUCACCGAUGAUCCUACUUGGAUUAUAGAUCCGGUCGAUGGUACGUUGAAUUUCGUACACGGUUAUCCCAACGUUUGUGUUUCCAUUGGUCUCACUAUCAAUAAAGAAUUGGUCGUUGGAAUUAUCUACGUACCUGUACCUGAUCUCUUAUUCACCGCUAUCAAAGGACAAGGUGCUUUUCUGAAUGGAAAACAAAUCCACGUUUCUAAAGCUAAAGAUUUAUCUGAUUCGUUGCUUGUACUGGAAUUAUCCGGAGGAGCUUCGGAUGAACAACGAAGAGCAGCUUACGUACAUUACGUUACUUCUUUUCUCCCACAGGUUCAUGGGAUACGAUCGUCUGGUUCAGCCGCCUAUAAUAUGGCUACGGUAGCUCUGGGUGCUGGUGAUUGUUAUUUUGAAAUAGGCAUCCAUGCUUGGGACAUGGCUGCCGGUGCUAUAAUCGUACGAGAAGCUGGUGGAGUUGUGCUCGAUACCUUAGGUGGCGAAUUGGACCUAAUGAGUAGACGAGUUUUGUGCGCCGCUACUCCGGAAUUGGCUAAGCAAGUUGUGCCAUAUAUUAAACAAACGUCUCCUGCUCGCGAUGAUUAAUUACACUUUCGUCGAAACUUUUCGAAAUAUGGAAAUUGCUUUUAUGAUGAAAUACGUCAUUCAACUGUGUACUUACUCGCGGUCUUAAGCAUCGUAUAGUAUGUUGUGUAUCAGAAUAAGACAGAAAAUUCUAGUCUAAAUAAGUUAUUAUUGCGCUGGGUUGCUCGAUUUUAUCUCUAGUAAAUUGUUUGUGAACUGUGUUA